AUGGAUUUUGCUGGCGGAGUUGGCGGCAUGGCCAACCAGAAUGCCCAUGUGGAUGUGGUAUCUUGGUAUUUGGAUAUUCCAACAGUGUCGCGUCUCUACUUGACGGGCGCAUUCUUGACCACGGCUGCAUGUGGACUAGACAUUGUUAGUCCAUUUUCCUUGUAUUUCAAUUGGGAUUUGGUGUUUUCCAAAGGAGAAGUGUGGAGACUAGUCACAUCCUAUCUCUUUUUCGGAGCCUUUUCAAUUGAUUUCUUAUUCCACAUGUACUUUUUGGUACGAUACAGUCGCUUGCUGGAGGAAGGUGAUUUCCGGGGUCGUACUGCGAACUAUGUUUUGAUGCUUCUAUUCGGGGUCAUGUGCAUUUCACUUGUCGCCGUGUACACGCAUGUUCACUUUUUGGGGAGCGCGUUGACGUUCAUGAUGGUUUACGUUUGGGGUCGACGAAACGAGGAUGUUCGAAUGAGCUUUUUGGGAUUUUUUACGUUUAAUGCCCCUUAUCUACCCUGGGUUAUGUUAGGCUUCAGUGUCUUGAUCGGGAAUGGGAUCACUAUGGACCUCAUUGGAAUUAUUGUUGGGCACACAUAUUAUUUCUUGGAGUUUGUUUAUCCUGUCGUGGCAGAUAUCCGAGGUUGGCGUUUGAAGCGAGUUAUGGAACCACCAACACCUUUGCAUUGGCUCUGUGGAAACCUCGGAUACAACGCACAUUUGCACCAAGAUUAG